CUGCUUUCAGUAAGUUUUCUUUGUACUUAAUAUCUGCCAAUUUGAUUACUGUGUGUCUCAGCUUGUUUCUUCUUUGGUUUAUCCUGUAUGGGAUUCUCUGCGCUUCCUGGACUUGGGUGGCUAUUUCCUUUCCCAUUUUAGGGAAGUUUUCCACUAUUAUCUCUUCAAAUAUUAUCUCUGGUCCUUUUUCUCUCUCUUGUCCUUCUGGGACUCCUAUAAUGAGAAUGUUGUUGUAUUUAAUGUUGUCACAGAGUUCUCUUAGGCUGUCUUCAUUUCUUUUCAUUCGUUUUUCUUUAUUCUGUUCCACAGCAGUGAACUCCACCAUUGUGUCUUCCAGGUCACUUAUCCAUUCUUUUGCCUCAGUUAUUCAGCUGUUGAGUCCUUCUAGUAUAGUUUUCAUUUCUGUUACUGUAUUGUUCAUCUCUGUUUGUUCUUUAAUUCUUCUACGUCUUUGUUAAACAUUUCUUGCGUCGUUUCGAUCUUUGCCUCCGUUCUUUUUCCGAGGCCCUGGAUCAUCUUCACUGUCAUUAUUCUACAUUCUUUUUCUGGAAGGUUGCCAGUCUCCACUUAAUUUAGUUGUUUUUCUGUGGCUUUUUCUUGUUCCUUCAUCUGGUACCUAGCUCUCUGCCUUUUCAUCUUGUCUAUCUUUCUGUGAAUGUGGUUUUUGUUCCACAGGCUGCAGGAUUGUAGUUCUUCUUGUUUUUGCUGUCUGCCCUCUGUGGUGGAUGAGGCUGAGAGGCUUGUGCAAGUUUCCUGAUGGACUUGUGGUGGGUAGAGCUGGCUGUUGUUCUUGUGGGCAGAGCUCAGUAAAACUUUAAUCCACUUGUCUGCUGAUGGGUGUGGCUGGGUUCCCUUCCUGUUGGUUGUUUGGCCUGAGGCGACCCAACACUGGAGCCUACCUGGGCUCUUUGGUGGGGCUAAUGGCGGACUCUGGGAGGGCUCACGCCAAGGAGUAUUUCCCAGAACUUCUGCUGCCAGUGCCCUUGUCCUCACGGUGAGAAACAGCCACACCCUGCCUCUGCAGGAGACCCUCCAACACUAGCAGUAUGGAAGAAAAAAUUGACAUUGAAGGAAGGAAAAGAAGAAUUGUUGGAGUCAAGAUCUUAAAAGGAAGGAAGGCAGAGUAUAUGAGACAGAUGCUGAAAAUUUCAGCUGUAGCCCUUGAACUAGAAGCUGAAAUAAUAGAAGCUGUGUACCAUGCAUUAGGGUAUUGAAGAAAAUUAAUUUUUGAAUUAAAUAUUUGGAAUAUAAGGAAGGAAAGGUGACUGAAAAUGGGGCGGAAGAAAAUACAAAUCACACGCAUAAUGGAUGAAAGGAACCGACAGGUCACUUUUACAAAGAGAAAGUUUGGAUUAAUGAAGAAAGCCUAUGAACUUAGUGUGCUCUGUGACUGUGAAAUAGCACUCAUCAUUUUCAACAGCUCUAACAAACUGUUUCAGUAUGCCAGCACUGAUAUGGACAAAGUUCUUCUCAAGUAUACAGAAUAUAAUGAACCUCAUGAAAGCAGAACCAACUCGGAUAUUGUUGAGGCUCUGAACAAGAAGGAACACAGAGGGUGCGACAGCCCAGACCCUGAUACUUCCUAUGUGCUAACUCCACAUACAGAAGAAAAAUAUAAAAAAAUUAAUGAGGAAUUUGAUAAUAUGAUGCGGAAUCAUAAAAUCGCACCUGGUUUGCCACCUCAAAACUUCUCAAUGUCUGUCACAGUCCCUGUGACCAGCCCUAGUGCUUUGUCCUACACUAACCCAGGGAGUUCACUUGUGUCCCCAUCUUUGGCAGCCAGCUCAACAUUAGCAGAUUCAAACAUGCUCUCUCCACCUCAAGCCACAUUACAUAGAAAUGUAUCCCCUGGAGCCCCUCAGAGACCACCAAGUACUGGCAGUGCAGGUGGGAUGUUGAGCACUUCAGACCUCACAGUGCCAAAUGGAGCUGGAAGCAGCCCAGUGGGGAAUGGAUUUGUAAACUCAAGAGCUUCUCCAAAUUUGAUUGGAACUACUGGUGCAAAUAGUUUAGGCAAAGUUAUGCCUACAAAGUCUCCCCCUCCUCCAGGUGGUGGCAGUCUUGGAAUGAACAGUCGAAAACCAGAUCUUCGAGUUGUCAUCCCCCCUUCAAGCAAGGGCAUGAUGCCUCCACUGUCGGAGGAAGAGGAAUUGGAGUUGAAUACCCAGAGGAUAAGCAGUUCUCAAGCCACUCAGCCCCUAGCUACCCCCGUGGUGUCUGUGACAACCCCUAGCCUGCCUCCACAGGGCCUGGUGUACUCAGCAAUGCCGACCGCCUACAACACUGAUUACUCACUGACUAGUGCAGACCUGUCGGCCCUGCAGGGCUUCAACUCCCCAGGAAUGCUGUCUCUGGGACAGGUGUCAGCCUGGCAGCAGCACCAUUUAGGACAAGCAGCCCUCAGCUCUCUCGUUGCUGGAGGGCAGUUAUCUCAGGGUUCGAAUUUAUCCAUUAAUACCAACCAAAACAUCAACAUUAAGUCAGAACCAAUUUCACCUCCCCGGGAUCGAAUGACCCCAUCAGGCUUCCAGCAGCAGCCGCAGCCACCGCCGCAGUCACAACCCCCUCAGCCGCAGCCGCAGCCACAGCCACAGCCGCGGCAGGAAAUGGGCCGUUCCCCUGUAGACAGUCUGAGCAGCUCAAGCAGCUCCUAUGAUGGCAGUGACCGGGAGGACCCGCGGAGCGACUUCCAUUCUCCGAUUGUGCUUGGCCGACCCCCAAACACUGAGGACAGAGAGAGCCCUUCCGUAAAGCGAAUGAGGAUGGACGCGUGGGUGACCUAAGGCUUCCAGGCUGGUGUUUGUACUUUCUGUUACUGCAGUGAACUGCUCUACAUAUCUAAGUUGGUAAAUAAGGACAUGAGUUAAAUAUAUUUAUAUGUACAUACAUACAUAUAUAUUCCUUUACAUAUAUAUGUAUGUGGGUGUGAGUGUGUUUAUGUGUGGGUGUGUGUUGCAUACACGGAAUCAGGCACUUACCUGCAAACUCUUGUAGAUCUGCAGGUGUGCGUCCCAUGGCAAACAGAGCACCCUGUAGGCAGAGUCUAGUCUGGCACUUCCUUGGACUACUUGUUUCAUAAGAUAACCAGUUUUUGCAGAGAAACGUGUACCCAUAUAUAUAAUUCUCCCACACUAGCUUGCAGAAACCUAGAGGGCCCCUACUUGUUUUAUUUAACUGUGCGGUGACUGUAGUUACUUAAGAAAAAUGCUUUGUAGAACAGAGCAGUAGAAAAGCAGGAACCAAGAAAGCAAUACUGUACAUAAAAUGACAUUUAUAUUAAUUACCCACCUGGCAUGGGUCUCUGUUGCAAAGAGGUGCAUGGGAAAGGGCUGUUGAUAUUAAAAACAAAAAACAAAACAAAAAAGCCCCACACAUAACUGUUUUGCACGUGCAAAAAUGUAUUGGGUCAAAGAAGUGAUCUUUAGCUAAUAAAAAAGAGAGAGAAUAGAAAACACGCAUGAAAUAUUCAGAAAAUAUUAGCCUAGAAAUAUAGAGCAUUAACAGUAAAUUAAUAUAUUAAGUUAUAAUUGGAAUAUGUCAGAAGUUUCUUUUUACAUUCAUAUCAUAAAAAUUAAAGAAACUGAUUUUAGCUCAUGUAUAUUUUAUAUGAAAGAAAACACCCUUAUGAAUUGAUGACUAUAUAUAAAAUUAUAUUCACUACUUUUGAACACAUUCUGCUAUGAAUUAUUUAUAUAAGCCAAAGCUGUAUGUUGUAACUUUUUUUUUAGAGAAUAGCUUUAUCUUGUUUUAACUUUCUAGUUUUAUUUUAAGAGGGGGAAAAAAAAACAAAAAUAUCUUGCAAGCAGAACCUUGGAAAAAAAAAGCCAUGAACACUUAUUACUCUAUAUGUAAAUUAAAAGUUGAGCCAAACUCUUUGUGUAUAUAGAAUCUUAAAUAUAUUAUCACCUUUGAUGUAAGUACCUAUGUAUUGUAUGGUCACCAGAUUAAAAAGUAUAUUUUUGUGGAUUGCCGCCAAUUUAGGGGGAAAAGGCGAGAUCCUUAUUAAGUAGAGUAUUCACUGUUUAAUAUUUACUAUUUUGUUAAAUAUACUGUACUUUGGAUUUUAAUUAUUGGCCCAGUCUUUUCAGAGGAUUGUAUAAAGGGGUUUCUCCCCUCACUGGUGGUGAAUGUGUGAUGUUACAUUGUAAUCUUUGUGCUGUAUGGGUUGAGCAUCAUUAUAUAUUUUAUAUGUGUAUAUAAAUAGCAAAGUGGCAAAAAAAAUUGAUGUUAAGUUCAUCCUGCAUAAAUGUAAAAUGUGUUGUGACAGAUUUUAUAAGGCAUUAUUUAAAACUUGCCUUUUGUGAGGAAAAAAAUAUAGUAGAAAAGCUGACCUAAUUUAAUUAAUAUUAGAGAAAAUGGCAAAAUAGUUGAUGAGCACAAAGGUUUUAUAAGUGGUAAAUGAUUAGGAAAAAAUAUUCGUGGGGAAAGGGGUCUUUUUUCCUUGACCCUCUAAAAUAGCAUGAUGCAGCUGGUUACAGAAUACUACCACGCCAGACACUCUGUGCAUCGAAUGACACUGCAGUGUGGGGAGCAGUCCUCUCAUGGUGCCGAUUCUUGGCACAAUUCUUGCCAUCCUGAUGCCCUCAACUGAGAUGCUGACCAAGGCCUUACUCUCACAGGAAGACAGCUAAGUGGUAACAGCAAGCUUGGCAGGUCCCUGGGCUUGUGCCAUGAACAAAAUUCAAAGUCCUGUAUGUCUUUCAUCAUCGAUUUUUAAAUACUCCCUUUCCUGAGAAACUCAAAAUAAGGGUUUAAAAUUACUGCUAUUUUCUAUUUUAAACUUAAUAUUAAGCAGCUACCUACAAUUUUUACUUAUGUUUUGGUUUUUCCCCCUAAAUUGCGUUCCUUGUGAUGUUUUUUUCCUCCUGUGCUCUUUGUGACAAAUCAUCAGCCAGACUUCCUGGCUGACACAUAGGUAGUAGGUACAGGAUAAACUUGUGGCAUUCCCAGCUGCAAAAUGGAAUUCUGCUUUUAAUGACAUUUUCGGUAGUAAAUUUUGAUAGAGGCCAAAAAAGGGAGGGCAAUAUGCUUUGUCCUCUCAUCAGUUUAGACAUUUGGCUCUUAUUCAGAAAGGACUGGUUUUUCUUUAAAAUAUACUUAUUUUACUGAACUACUUACAGGCACAUUUCUUCAUGAGGUCACACCUAAUUGAAAGAAGACAGUUUCCCAACACUGAAUUUCCAGGAUAAUCCUUACCACUUUGUAAACCAUUUAUAGCUUUGGAAGUGUUCAGUGCUUCUUUGGUUGUUAUUUAUGCAUGUUCAUGAACUUCUGCUGUACAUGGGAUAGGAGUUAACACAUUCACAUUUACUGUCUAUUUUCUUGUGUGCCUUAUGAGAUGGCUUUUCUGACUGUAUCUCAAUAGUCUUUCUUUCUAUGCAGGUUUAUAAUCAGUACAACUACUGUUUUCUAAAAUAAUAUUACGCAAGGCUCGGAGUUUGUAUUUCAAUUACACUGACCAAGUAACAAUGUAUUCUGUUUUCAGGAACUGAGUAUUUGACUGUUAACCCUUUUCCCAUAUACCCAGUGUGACUUAGAGCAUAUGGACUUGACAGAGACGCCCUCACCCAGACCCCAUGUACGAACACAUAAACAUACAUGUCUCCUGUUGGAAACCAGCUCAGAGUGGGGAAGACACUAACUGUGUCACUUUAGAACCUACUUUUCUACCCUUUUAGACUCAUGUGUUUUGUAUGACACCAUCAUAAGAAAUUUUAUCCCUGCAGAUGAAGUAUUUUAUUACUAAAAGACAAAAACAAAAAAAGCUUAAAUUGCACUGGUUAAAGUACGGUUUCCAGCAGCUGUACUUCCUUCAGCAGUCUACCUGGUACUACAUUGAGAGUGAAAGUCACCACUGUACAUCUACAGAUGGUCCCAAUCAAAAAUCAACCUUUUGAGCCCUAAUUAUGUCCAUUGUGUUAGAGACUAAAUCAGGGGUUUGUUCUAAAAGAACAAUAUAUGUUUUACCAUUUCCUUUUACUGUAAGGACAACUAAUAAAGCAUUAACAUAUUUUCUGUAUUAACCAUCAUGCGCACAAGAAAUACAUAGUAAAUAAGGAACCAGAAAACUCCUGGCAUUGGAUCAUAAGAAGCUAGAUGAUUAGAAUGUGAAAAAGAUUUUACAAAUGUAAAACUUUUAUUUCUCUGUAGAAACUUCACUUUGCUGUGCAAGAAGACACUGCUUUGCUAUAUUUAAAAUGGCUUUUUUAAAAGAGAUUUAUGUAUUUGGUAAAUGUUUGUAGUCAACAGUUCACACAAGAAGCUGUACACGGUUUGAUCAUGUAAAACCGUUUGGCGGCACAAGCUGGACUUUGUUGCCAUCCUUGAGAUGAACCUUUUAAGAAAAAUAAGUUAAUCUCAAUUUUUCCCUGAAUGUGUUUUUUUUCUUCAUUAUACAAUAAAUAUUAUAGUGAACUUUUUAUCAAAUGGUUAAGAAAAUGUUAGAGGUUGUUGUAAACUCUUUGUAUCCUGCACUCACUACAGUAAAGAUGGACUGGCUUUUCCUGUGUA